CUACUGUGCGUAUGAACUGCAAUCUUUUCUGAAAAAAAAAAAUCACAUGAUCGUCGUGUUUCAGAGAAUAAGAUAGAUUAACGAAAAAUGGCACAUUCGUCACAAAAAGGACGUUUACUUGCAGUAAUUGGAGAUGAGGACACAUGCACCGGUUUUCUACUUGGUGGGAUUGGUGAAAUGAACAAGAGCAGGCAACCCAACUUUAAGGUCAUUGAAAAAGAUACUAGUGUAAGUGAAAUCGAGGAGUCCUUUAAAAGGUUUUUGGAACGUCAAGACAUAGCAAUUAUUUUAAUAAACCAGAAUUUUGCUGAGCUCAUUCGGCAUGUUAUCGAUAACCACACUGAACCAAUUCCUGCAGUUUUAGAAAUCCCAUCAAAAGAUAGUCCAUAUGAUCCAAGCAAAGACUCAAUAUUAAGAAGGGCUAAGGGAAUGUUCAAUGCUGAAGAUUUCAAAUAGUCUCCAGGCUGUCAACAGGGACAUCAGUGGUUGGCAUGGCAACUGUACACAGCCUAUAAUGUUUCCUAGAAAUGCUCAACUCUGUUGUUAAUUAAAUUAUAAUAUUAAUACUGUAGUAAUGACAAUAAUAAUAAUAAUGAAUAUUUAUAAGGC